UCUGGCGUCGACCCAGGAGUUCAGAAGGCAAUCAAAGUCGCCAUUCCGCCAACAUGUGCUGAUUUGUGGGCAAUCCUUCGUCUGUUAUCGAGUCCAGCUUUACUGCUCUUAAGCGCAUUUAUCCGCGGAGCAAGAGGCGUCUUUGUCUGCUAAGGCCAAGCGGCUUAAGAACAGUGAGCCAGUGCUUAAGUCGAAGGACAACAAAGCUAAGUUCGAGCAUCAACAACUUGUGCUUGACGAGCUUACUGAGGCGAAGGAUUCUUUGGCGUGCGCUAAGUACGAGAAAGCGAAGGAAGCCAUCAAAGAAGGUGUCAGCUUGUUGGAGAAGCGUAUUAAGGUUAUCAAAUUAGCUGAUAGGAGCGAGUUUGGCCGGUUGACUGUGAAGGAAUAUUUGUUGGAUGAAUUAGUUUCCAAUUCUGAGGAC